AUGAUUCGACGACAUGGCUCAUGCCCCACGAUCGUCAUCACGGUUGCUCUCCAUGUGCUCUCAUGGCUCACCUGGCUCAACAUCACUGUUCUUCGCAUAUAUACCGACAGUCGACGUUUUCUUUCACUCUCCCAUCUGCCCAGGAUGGUUCGCCUCCUCCCCUCUUUCCUUCUCCUCGCUGCGAGCGUCCACAAUGCUGUCGCGCAGACACAAUACCUCCUUGGGCUCGGUAUUGCUGACAUCACUGGCCCUGUCACCGAAACUAACAUGAUGGGUUAUGCUUCGCUGGGCCAAACGGACUCUGGCUUGCACCAGCGUCAACGCGCGCGCGCCUUCAUUGUUGGAGAGACCGGCAAUACUGCCAACCGGAUCGUUUUCAUCAACGCGGACAUUGCGAUGGGUGACACCGGAAUUCGCCGAGCAAUUCUUGCCAAACUGGCUGCGAAAUAUGGUAGCCUUUAUACCGCCCAAAACUUUGCGCUGUCCAGCACCCAUCAACACAGCGGCGUUGGCGGGUAUCUUGAGAAUCUGCUGCCUCAACUUACUGCACUGGGAUUCGUUCAGGCGACCUAUGACGCUAUCGUCCAGGGCGUCGUUCUUGCUGUCGACCGAGCUCAUGCUUCGCUCAAAACGGGAACUCUGAGCAUUGGGAAUGGGACUGUGGUUGGCGGAAACCGAAAUCGCAGCCCAACAGCUUAUUUGGCCAACCCUGCUUCAGAACGCGCUCUUUACACUAACCAAGGCGACGACCAAGACACAACCAUGAGUCUGCUCAACUUCGGUGCCGACCGUGGUUUCCUAUCAUUCUUCGCUGUCCACGGGACGAGUAUCUACGAAAACAACACUCUCAUUAGUACAGACAACAAAGGCAUGGCGGCUUAUUUGUAUGAAGCUUCCGUUGAACCUAACGCGAUGCCCGGGGCCAAUACUUUCGUCGCUGGUUUUGCUCAAGCCAAUGUUGGAGACACAAGCCCCAACACUCUUGGUGCUUUCUGCGAGUCCCCCGGACAGCCAUUUGACGGCCAACCAUGCCAGGCCAACACCUCUACUUGCGGCGGGACUGUUCAACAAUGCCAUGGCCGUGGACCCGGCUUCCGACUCGACCCAUAUGGCUUCCACUCAAACACGAUGAUUGCGCAGACCCAAGUUGACGCGGCAAAGUCAAUAAUGGGCGGGAAACUUUCACCUGUCAGCGGGACAGUCAGGAGUGUCCACAUUUACUUGAAGAUGGCCAACCACACGUUCACGUUGCCGAAUGGAACCACCGCGAUGACUUGUCCCGCUGCGAUGGGGUACUCUUUUGCUGGCGGAACGACUGAUGGUCCUGGAGCGUUUGACUUUGUGCAAGGCGACAACUCCACGUCCCAGAAUCCCUUGUGGGAAAUCGUCAAAGGCGCUGUAACCCCCAGUCCCUCUGCAGCUCAAAUUGCUUGCCACGCGCCGAAGCCGAUCUUGCUUAACACCGGAUAUGCCACAUUCCCGUAUAGCUGGUCACCGGAUACCGUCGACAUUCAGAUGCUCAAAGUGGGAAAUUUCGUCAUGGCCCUCAUACCCGGCGAGCUAACAACUAUGGCUGGACGACGUUUGCGCAACGCUAUCCGCGCUGCUCUUAUCUCGCAAGGUGUUAUCGACAAUAGUGCCUAUGUUGUCGUUUCUGGUCCAGCGAAUACUUAUGGACAUUACAUCACAACGCGUGAGGAGUAUGCCAUCCAGCGUUAUGAGGGCGCUUCAACGCUAUUCGGACCCUACACACUUGAAGCUUAUAUCGACAAAUACACCUCUCUCGUACCCUUCCUUGCAGAUUCUCCUUCUGGGACACCCGCGUCAGACGCUGCCCCGCCUGCCCUCCAGUCAUCUGCCAUUUCUCUACAAACUGGUGUUGUGUUUGAUGCGGCUCCGAUUGGCAAGAGCUUCGGUAACGUCCUUGUCGAUGCUGCCAAAACCUAUACGGCCGGCCAGACGGUCUCCGUCCAGUUUGUCGGCGCCACACCAAGAAACAACCUGCGUUUGGAGGGCACUUUCCUCAGUGUUCAACAACUGGCCAGCGGCGCCUGGAAGGCCGUGCGAUCUGACUCCCACCCGUCUACGACGUACCAGUGGGUGCGCGUGAACACCAUAUUGGGCACGAGCACUGUUACGCUCAACUGGACGAUUGAGGCGGGGACGCCUGCGGGGACUUACCGCAUCCAGUACUUUGGCGACUCUAAGCCGUUGAUAGGGUCCAUCUCUGCCUUCACGGGCACGUCUGGAAACUUCACGGUGUCUGCAUGA